GGUUUGGUCCGUUUGGAGAGCACGCAGUUAACGCCAGUUGGAUUGCAGUUCAGGAGUUGGAGAAACUAGGACUGCGAGAUGAUGUGGAUCUACAUGUCUAUGAAGUCCCAGUUGAAUACCAGACAGUGCAAAGACUCAUUCCUGCGUUAUGGAAAAAGCACAGUCCACAAUUGGUGGUUCACGUCGGUGUUUCGGGUAUGGCUACGACUGUAACACUGGAGAAGUGUGGCCAUAACGUAGGUUAUAAAGGUUUAGACAACUGUCGCUUCUGCCCAGGCUCCCAGUGCUGUGUAGAAGGUGGCCCAGAGUGCAUUGAUUCCAUUAUUGACAUGGACACGGUUUGCAAGAGAGUCUCGGCGCUGGGGCUGGAUGUCACGGUCACUAUAUCUAAGGAUGCCGGCAGAUACCUCUGUGACUUCACUUACUACACUUCCCUCUACCAGAGCCGUGGGAGAUCAGCUUUUGUUCACGUGCCUCCACUGGGAAAACCAUACACAGCAGAACAGCUGGGCCGGGCGCUACAGGCUAUCAUAGAAGAAAUGCUGGAUGUUUUGGAGCAUUCUGAAGACAAAAUCAAUUGUCAACAUGAACACUGA